CCCAUCGGAGCUCUGCUGCUGGAGCACUGCAGGAUCACCAAAGAGGAGGAGAACGUCUUCUCCAUCAGUUUCAUUGAAGAGCCGGAGAGGAAAUACUGUUUCGAAUGUGACAGCGAAGAGCAGUGUCAGGAGUGGAUUGAGGCACUCAAGCGAGCCAGCUACGAGUUCAUGAGGAGGAGCUUGAUUUUCUACCGGAAUGAGAUCCAGAAAAUGACAGGGAAGGACCCCCUGGAGCAGUACGGGAUCUCAGAGGAAGCCCGCUUCCAGCUGGGAACACGCAAGCAAUAA